GAUUACCACUUCGAGUACACGGAGUGCGACAGCAGUGGCUCCAGGUGGAGAGUGGCUGUCCCGAAUCCGUCAGUGGAGUGCUCUGGACUACCUGACCCCGUGAAAGGGAAGGAAUGCACUUUCUCCUGUGCCUCUGGUGAGUACCUGGAGAUGAAGAACCAGGUGUGCAGCAAAUGUGCAGAGGGGACCUACUCGCUGGGCAGUGGGAUCAAGUUUGAUGAGUGGGAUGAGCUGCCAGCAGGAUUCUCCAACGUGGCAACGUUCAUGGACACAGCAGUUGGCUCAGCUGAGAGUAAAGCUGACAGCUGCAACAACUCCACGUGGACACCCCGAGGGAAUUACAUCGAGUCAAACAGGGAUGACUGUACAGUUUCUCUCAUCUAUGCUGUGCACCUGAAGAAAUCUGGUUCUGUCUUCUUUGAAUACCAAUACGUCGACAACAACAUCUUCUUUGAGUUUUUUAUCCAAAAUGACCAGUGCAAAGAGAUGGAAUCCACAGCAGACAAAUGGGUGAAGCUCACAGACAAUGGUGAAUGGGGCUCUCAUUCUGUAACUCUGAAAUCAGGUAGCAAUAUAUUAUACUGGAGAACAACAGGGAUUCUCAUGGGCUCCAAAGUAGUAAAACCAGUUCUGGUGAAAAACAUCACCAUUGAAGGAGUUGCCUACACUUCUGAAUGCUUUGCCUGCAAACCUGGUACCUUCAGUGACAAACCAGGAGCCUCUGGCUGCCAGGUGUGUCCGAGAAACACUUACUCUGAGAAAGGAGCUAAAGAGUGCACCAAGUGUCAAGAAGAAAUGUAUUAUGCAGAGGAGGGAUCCAGUGCCUGCACAGAGCGUCCUCCAUGCACAAGCAAAGACUUUUUCCAGAUCCACACCCCAUGUGAUAAGGAAGGAAAGACUCAGAUCAUGUACAAAUGGAUUGAGCCCAAGAUCUGCAGAGAGGAUCUCCCUGAUGCAUUGAGCCUACCUCCUUCUGGGGAGAGGCAGGAUUGUCCACCCUGCAACCCUGGCUUUUACAACAACAACGCCUCAUCCUCCUGUUCCCCUUGCCCACCAGGCACGUUUUCAGAUGGGACACAGGAGUGCAGGGCCUGCCCUGCUGGCACUGAACCAGCCCUUGGCUUUGAGUACAAGUGGUGGAACAUCCUGCCAGGCAACAUGAAGACCUCUUGCUUUAAUGUUGGCAACUCCAAGUGCGAUGGGAUGAACGGUUGGGAAGUGGCUGGUGAUCACAUCCAGAGUGGGGCAGGAGGUUCUGACAAUGACUAUCUUAUCUUGAACCUGCACAUCCCAGGAUUUAAACCUCCAACAUCGGUGACAGGAGCGACUGGGGCAGAACUAGGACGGAUUACUUUUGUUUUUGAGACCAUCUGUUCAGCAGAUUGUGUGCUGUACUUCAUGGCAGAUGUUAAUCGAAAGAAUACCAAUGUGGUGGAAUCAUGGGAAAGAAGCAAGGAAAAACAAUCCUACACUCACAUCAUCUCCAAAAACGCUUCUUUCACAUUCACCUGGGCCUUUCAGAGAAUCAAUGAGGGCCAAGAUAGCAGACAGUUCAUCAAUGACAUGGCAAAGAUCUACUCCAUCACAGUGACCAACGCAGUGGAUGGAGUUGCCUCUUCUUGUCGGGCCUGUGCCCUGGGCUCAGAGCAGUCUGGCUCAUCCUGUGUGCCCUGCCCAGCAGGACACUACAUCGAGAAGGAGACCAGCCAGUGCAAGGAGUGUCCAGCCAACACCUUCCUGUCCAUCCACCAGGUCUAUGGCAGGGAGGCCUGCAUCCCAUGUGGGCCUGGCAGCAAGAGCACCAAGGACCACUCUGCCUGCUUCAGUGACUGCCUGGUGUCCUACAUCAGGGACAACCAGAGCCUGAAUUACAAUUUCAGCAGCCUCAGCCAGGUGGGCUCGCUGAUGAGCGGCCCCAGCUUCACUUCCCGAGGGACCAAGUUCUUCCACUUCUUUAAUAUCAGCCUCUGUGGGAAUGAG